AAGAGGAGGAGGCGGUGUGAUGGCCCUGGACGGCGAGAGGGGGGAGCAAGAGGAGGAGAAGAAAAAGAAGAAGAAAAAGAAGAGGAAGAAGGAGGAGGGGGCCGAGAAGAGCCGCUCACCCUUCGCGGCCACCAUGGGCGAAGACGACGCCGCGCUCCGGGCCAGCGGCAGGGGGCUCUCAGACCCGUGGGCUGACUCCGUGGGAGUGCGACCUCGCACCACCGAGCGCCACAUCGCGGUGCACAAGCGGCUCGUGCUGGCCUUCGCCGUGUCCAUCGUGGCGCUGCUGGCGGUCACCAUGCUGGCCGUGCUGCUCAGCCUGCGCUUCGACGAGUGUGGAGCGAGCGCGGCAGCGCCUGGCGCCGACGGUAGCCCCGGGGGCUUCCCCGAGCGUGCUGGCAACGGCAGCCAUCCGGGAUCCGCCCGGCGCAACCACCACGCGGGUGGGGACUCCUCGCAGCGCGAGACGGGCGGGGUGGCAACCCCGGACACCCCGUCUACCCGGCCGCCGUCGGAGGAGGAGAGGGAGCCCUGGCAGCCGUGGACGCAGCUGCGCCUAUCCGGCCACCUCAAGCCGCUGCACUAUAAUUUGAUGCUCACCGCCUUCAUGGAGAAUUUCACCUUCUCGGGGGAGGUCAACGUGGAGAUCGCUUGCAGGAACGCCACCCGCUACGUGGUGCUGCAUGCCUCCCGGGUGGCGGUGGAGAAGGUGCAGGUGGCUGAAGACCGGGCGUCUGGGGCUGUCCCGGUGGCCGGCUUUUUCCUCUACCCACAAACACAGGUCUUGGUGGUGGUGCUGAAUAGAACUCUGGAAGCACAGAGGAAUUACAAUCUGAAGAUUAUCUACAACGCCCUGAUCGAGAACGAGCUUCUCGGCUUCUUCCGCAGCUCCUACGUGCUCCAUGGGGAGAGAAGAUUCCUUGGCAUUACUCAGUUUUCGCCUACACAUGCCAGAAAAGCGUUUCCAUGUUUUGACGAGCCAAUCUACAAGGCAACUUUCAAAAUCAGCAUCAAACAUCAAGCAACCUAUUUGUCUCUAUCCAAUAUGCCAGUGGAAACGUCUGUGUUUGAGGAAGAUGGAUGGGUAACAGAUCACUUUUCACAGACCCCUCUCAUGUCCACAUAUUAUUUAGCCUGGGCGAUUUGCAACUUCACAUACAGAGAAACUACCACCAAGAGUGGAGUUGUAGUUCGAUUGUAUGCAAGACCUGAUGCCAUCAGAAGAGGAUCGGGGGACUAUGCUCUCCACAUUACAAAGAGAUUAAUAGAGUUUUAUGAAGACUACUUUAAAGUGCCCUAUUCUUUGCCAAAACUAGAUCUUUUAGCUGUGCCUAAGCAUCCGUAUGCUGCUAUGGAGAACUGGGGACUAAGUAUUUUUGUGGAACAAAGAAUACUGCUGGAUCCCAGUGUUUCAUCUAUUUCUUAUUUGCUGGAUGUCACCAUGGUCAUUGUUCAUGAAAUAUGUCACCAGUGGUUUGGUGACCUUGUGACUCCUGUGUGGUGGGAAGAUGUGUGGCUGAAGGAAGGCUUCGCUCAUUAUUUUGAAUUUGUGGGUACAGACUACCUCUACCCUGGCUGGAACAUGGAAAAACAGAGGUUUCUGACAGAUGUACUGCAUGAAGUGAUGCUCCUUGACGGGUUGGCCAGUUCCCAUCCAGUAUCACAGGAAGUGCUGCGGGCAACAGAUAUUGACAGAGUGUUUGACUGGAUCGCGUAUAAAAAGGGUGCUGCUUUAAUUAGAAUGCUGGCUAAUUUUAUGGGCCACUCAGUUUUUCAGAGAGGUUUGCAAGAUUAUUUAACCAUUCAUAAGUAUGGCAACGCAGCCAGAAAUGAUCUUUGGAAUACGUUGUCAGAGGCUUUAAAAAGGAAUGGAAAGUAUGUGAAUAUACAAGAAGUAAUGGAUCAGUGGACACUCCAAAUGGGUUAUCCUGUUAUCACCAUUUUGGGAAAUACAACGGCAGAAAACAGAAUAAUAAUCACCCAGCAACACUUCAUUUAUGACAUCAGUGCUAAAUCCAAAGCACUUGAACUUCAGAAUAACAGUUACCUGUGGCAGAUCCCAUUAACCCUUGUGGUAGGAAAUAGGAGCCAUGUGUCUUCAGAAGCAAUUAUUUGGGUGUCUAACAAAUCAGAACAUCACAGAAUAACCUAUUUGGACAAAGGAACCUGGCUACUUGGGAACAUCAAUCAAACUGGCUACUUUAGAGUAAACUAUGACUUAAGGAACUGGAGAUUACUGAUUGAUCAAUUAAUCAGAAAUCAUGAGGUACUUUCUGUCAGUAACCGUGCUGGUUUGAUAGACGAUGCUUUCAGCUUGGCCAGGGCUGGCUAUUUGCCUCAGAAUAUUCCUCUGGAGAUUAUCAGAUACCUGUCUGAAGAGAAGGAUUUUCUUCCUUGGCACGCUGCCAGCAGAGCUCUUUAUCCUCUAGAUAAAUUACUGGACCGCAUGGAGAACUACAACAUCUUCAAUGAAUAUAUUUUAAAACAAGUUGCGACAACAUACAUCAAGCUCGGAUGGCCAAAAAAUAACUUCAAUGGAUCUCUUGUUCAAGCAUCCUACCAACACGAAGAACUACGGAGAGAAGUAAUAAUGUUGGCAUGCAGCUUUGGCAACAAGCACUGUCACCAGCAGGCAUCAACACUUAUUUCAGAUUGGAUUUCCAGCAACAGGAACAGAAUACCACUAAAUGUUAGAGACAUCGUGUACUGUACAGGAGUUUCACUGCUGGAUGAGGAUGUCUGGGAGUUCAUCUGGAUGAAAUUCCACUCCACUACAGCAGUGUCUGAGAAGAAGAUAUUACUGGAGGCUUUAACUUGCAGCGAUGACAGGAAUUUAUUAAACAGGCUUCUAAAUCUGUCUCUGAAUUCUGAGGUGGUGCUGGAUCAAGAUGCAAUUGAUGUUAUAAUCCAUGUAGCUAGAAAUCCACAUGGUCGAGACCUUGCCUGGAAGUUUUUCAGAGACAAAUGGAAGAUAUUAAAUACCAGGUAUGGAGAAGCAUUAUUUAUGAAUUCCAAACUUAUCAGUGGAGUUACAGAAUUUCUUAAUACUGAGGGUGAACUUAAAGAGCUAAAGAAUUUCAUGAAGAACUAUGAUGGGGUUGCUGCUGCUUCUUUCUCUCGAGCUGUGGAAACUGUGGAAGCCAAUGUGCGCUGGAAAAUGCGUUAUCAAGACGAGCUUUUCCAAUGGCUGAGAAAAGCUGUGAGACACUAAUAUGUAUCAUUUGUAAACAAUUCAACUCAGAAUUUUGUGAAAGUAUCUGCUUUAUGUGGAUUGAGGAGGAUAGCCAGAUUUCAAUGUUAAAGUGUGGGAGGAUUUUUGUUGUUGUUUGUUCAUUUGGAGGAAAAUUUUCCUCAUUUCAUUCAUUUAAUUUUGUUUCUCUACUAGAUGUUCUUCUGUAAAGAAACUCUUGCAAGUGAAACUUGCCAUGGUUGCUUCAGCUGUGCAUUCCUUGCUGUUCAGGACCAAAUAAGAUAGUGGUGCAUGUUGGUGUUGCUGUCAGUUUGGAAAGUCAUAUUCAGAAUAUUUUGUGCAUGGAUGUGUGGUCCUGCCUGUGUUCCAGCAUGCUUAUUUAAAAUGUCCACUGUUGUAUGUGAAUAUAUGUUACAUCCAGGAUGGGCAUUAUGCAAAAGCACAAAGAUUAUCUAUGACAAUCAGUGUUGCAAUGAAAGAAAAGCUUCAAAGGGGAAUUCUGCUCUCAGGCAUGGACAAUGUGGGAGAUAAAACAGCCCUGUAGCUGAUCUGUGUCGUUUAUUUCAGCACUUGGAUUGUCUGGCAAUGAUUAUUCAGUUGCCAACUCAUUUUCUUUGGUUUAAAGCUAUGUGUACAUUUGACAAUGUGUAUAGAUAAUAUGUACAUAUGCAUAUGUACAUAGGGAAGCUCCAUAUAUAUACAUAUAUAUAGAAUGUUGUACACUGCACAUGUGUGAAGAACCUCUUCAGAUCAAAGAAAAUUUAACUCUUUUUUAUAAAUUUAUGGACACUUGGAAAUGGCUCAACUAAUUUAUCUCAACAUUAUCCUUUCUAUUUCCUGAUUUUUUACCUACUUCUGGAAGAAGGGUCUAUUCUACUACAUUAAGAUGGUUCUAACAAAAUGUAUAUGUAAAC